GCGCACUCACCGCCGCGCAAAGACGCGCAGCAAGAGCAGAGCCGAACAGCAGCACAUUCAUAACUUUCCUUGCGCUUUCUUUGGUUGAGACCGGUCACAGAAUUGGUGCUGCAGUCUUCCACAGAGAUGAGUUUGUCCGGAUCUCAGACCAGACUCCACACGAUCGGCCGAAGAUCCAACUCCCGGCCCGAUCUGACCACCGUGGGCUACAGUUUACCCCGGAAUGACGGCGCGCAGUACUACAUGAGUGGAAAUGGAUACCAGUCUGAGUUCAAUGAUGGCUAUACGCAGACCAUUGCACAAACAUUCUCCAGAAACUCACAAGGAGGAGGAGGAGGACAGAGCAUGUCGUCCAUGUCUGUUCAAAAACGAGCUCAGAUGCUUUACCAAGACUGCAUGGGCUGCCUGAACCGAGCACAUAACAUCCUAGAGAACAUGGGACCAGCAGCUGAAGUGGACAAAAACAUGAAUGCGGCAGCGGCUCUGAUGGAGCAGAUGAAUAAGUACGCCGUGGACUUACGCAAUGCGGGUCAGCCCAAUGAAAUGAUCAUCCGAAGUCUGGACGAAUGUCACGCCUUUCACUCAGAAAUUCGAAACUCCAUCACGGGCACCACUAUGAGGAGGACCGCUGGUGGAGGCAAUCGGAUCAUCGCGUCAGAAGUUAUCGCAUGGGAUGACCCUAGCAAGAGCUUCCAGGAGGCAGUCGCAUGGAUCAGCCAGAAAAAGAGACUCAUUGAGACCGCACCCUUCGGUGAUGAUGCGGAGAACAUCAGCCAACAAAUCCUCAAUCACAACAAGUUCCACAGUUCAAUCCAGAGAAGCCCGGAAGUAGACAGAGCGCGGGAUGAACUGCUGCAGAGCAGAGAAAAGGCCGGACUCCACGCUCUGGACCAAGAAUGGGACAGUUUACAGAAAAUGUCCCACACGCGUGCGGCUCAGUUGCGAGACCUGCAGAACAUCAUCGAGGAGAUCUCCAGAGCCAUCAUAUGGGUCAACGACAGAGAGGAAGAGGAGCUGGUGUUUGACUGGGGCGAUAAAAACAUCGACAACUACAUCCCACGAAAACAAGAGAGCUACUCGAAACUGAUGAGUGAUCUGGAAGAGAAAGAGAAAGAGCUGAAUAAACUGAAGGCAAAGGUGGACAUCCUCCUGAGGAACCAGCACCCAGCAUCUGACAAGAUAGAGGCUUAUAUGGACACACUGCAAACCCAGUGGAGCUGGUUACUGCAGAUCACCAAGUGCAUCCAUGUUCAUCUGAAGGAGAACGCUGCUUACAGCCAAUUCUUCAAGGAGACCAAUGAGACGUACACCAGACUGCAGAAAGACCACGAGAGCAUCCGUAAGAAGUUCACCUGUGACAAGAACACACCUCUGGAGAAUCUGACAGAAAUGCUCCGAAACCUGGAGAAAGAGAAAGAGAGGAUCAUGGAGAGUAAGAGGCAGGUGCAGACGCUGGUCAGCAAGUCUAAGAGCAUCGUGUGUCUGAGGCCUCGUAACCCAGAGGAGAAGAGCAGUGGCCCGGUCAUCGUCAAAGCCCUGUGUGACUUCAAACAGGACCAGAAGGGCAUUCUGAAAGGGAAUGAAGGAAUCCUGAAAGACAACUCUCAGCGCAGUAAGUGGCACGUGACUGGACCUGGAGGACUGGAAAUGCUCAUCCCAUCGGUGUGUCUGCUCAUCCCACCUCCAAACCCUCUGAGCAUCAGUCUGGCACACAAGAACGAGCAGUACUACGAAGCCAUCAUGUCCAUCUGGAGUCAGCUGUACAUCAACAUCAAGAGUCUGAUCUCCUGGCAGUACUGCAUGAAGGACAUCCAAUACAUCAACUCCCUCACACUCUCAAUGGUAUGAAUUGAUCGGAUGCGUCUUUCACUCCAUGCCAUUUAUGUUUUUUACUUAGCAUUAUGUCUCCAUCAUUUUUUGCAUCUCGACACUUUCAUUCAUUUACUGUUGCUUUACAGCCUAACUGUUGUGUUAUUGUUUUGUCGUGUAGGGGAGAAUGGAGUAAGAACAGAAGUGGUGAAGGUGGAGACAGAUGGGAAGGCGGUGGUGGCUAACGGGAAGCUGGUGAGCUCAGGCCUGAACGUGAGUCUCAUGUCAGAUCUGAGUGCUCUCAGACGCAGGGUGGAGGCGGCGGAGACGGGCUUGAUCCAGAACCUCCACGUGCCUCUGAAGGAGAACGGCAUACAGGAGUGCUCCCAAAGACUGGUGUUGCUGCAGGGUGUUCAUCGUGAUCUGGACUCCAUCCGGGACGAGUAUCUGCGUCUGAGGGAGAAGAUCUUGCGAGAGCUGGAAGGAAGCACUAAUGCAGAGCAGACCCGCUACCUGCGCUCUGAACUGGACCACAUCAACCAGAAACUGGGCAGCCUGCAGGGCUUCUCAACCGCUUAUAUCCAGAGGCUCACUGCUGUUCAGGCUCUGCUCCAGAACCUCCUGCAGGCUGAGGACAUCAUUAAAGUCCACGAGGCUCGUCUGACAGAAAAAGAGACUUCUUCUCUUGAUCUGAACGAAGUGGAAAAGUACCUAAUGACUCUUAAGACGAUGAAAGCAGAGCUGGAGCAGAAGAAAGGUGUUUUGAAGGCUAUGGAGACUGAGCUGUCCAAGGCCGUGCACUGGAACAGUCAAAUAGACAAAUCUUUCCACCAGUGUGAUGUUGACCUGUCCAGAUACUCAGAGCUCGCUGGACAGAUGACUGACCGCUGGCGCCGAAUUGUGGCUCAGAUUGAUAGCAGGGUAUGGGACCUGGAGAAACAGGAGAAACAGCUGAAUCACUACAAGCAAACCAACUCCAUGAUGAACAAAUGGAUUCAGGAAACACGUCAGCGCCAAGAUGCCCUCCAGAUUACUAAAUUCAACAGUCUGGACAGUUUGAUGGACCACCUCAACCAACAAAAAGCGCUGUAUUCUGAGAUCAAAGGAAAGAAAGAAAAAGUGGAUGAUGUGGUCAAAGAUGCAGACACGUGCGCUGCCUCCAUAAAGGACUAUGAGCUCCAGCUGGCAUCCUACAGUGCAGGACUGGAGACGCUGCUCAACAUUCCCAUCAAGAGGACUAUGCUGCAGUCUCCAUCCACUGAACUGAGGCAGGAGGCGGCAGAGCUGCAGUCACGCUACAUAGAGCUCUUGACGCGUUCAAGCGACUACUACAAAUUCCUUGGGGAAAUGAUGAAAAACAUGGAGGAGUUAAAGAUGCGGAACACUAAAAUUGACCUUUUGGAGGAAGAACUAAAACGUCUCAAGGACAACCUUAAAGAUCAAACACAAAAGAACAGGUCACUGGAGGAUAGUCUGGCUCGCUAUCGGCUGGAGCUGACCCAGUCUAAAGAAGAGCUUAUAUCUAUAGAGGAGAUCAAGAGAACCCAGGCUAGGCAAUGCAAUACUACUCAGGAAAGCCUGGACAGUACCCAGAGUCAGCUGAAGAAGUUACAAGAUGAGCUGUCCCGCCUCACCUUCCUCAUCGAGGAGGAGAAACGCAAACGCAGGCUGGCUGAGGACCGAUACACCACCCAGCAGGAGGAGUAUGAGCUCGCUGUCCGCAAGAGACAGAAAGAACUGGAGGAGCUCAGUUUGUCCAAAAGUCAAUUUGAAAGGGCCAUCAAAGAAAAAGAGCGGGAGAUUGAACGGCUGAAAUUACAGCUGGAGGAUGAGGCCUCCCGGCGCAAUGCAGCAGAAUUAGAGACCUCAAAGGUAAGAACACAGUUGAACCAGGACAUUAAUAGCCUAAAGCAAACUUAUGAAUCUGAGAUCCAUAUCACCAAGACCAGUGUGCUCAAGGCAACACAACAGAAGGAGGAGCAAUCGUCAACGCUGAGACUUCAGCUGGAUAGGUUAACCUCUGAGAAAAGAGACCUGGAAGAGGAACUCAGAAAGCUGCAGAUUUCGUUCUCCCAAGUUGAAGCGGCACGAAGAAAAGCAGAAGAGGACGCUCAUCAGCAGAGGUCUUCGGCAACCGAGGGGAGCAGGUUCAAGAACGAACUGGAGUCACAGAUUCAGGUCAUAACGCGUCAAAGGGAAGAGACUGAAACGAGAUACAGGGUGGAACUGGCAGAGGCCAACAGAGCUGCUCAAGAAAAGACCCGUGAGAUUACCUUGCUGACCCAGAAUCUCCAAGACGAGACCAGGCGGAGGAAAGCCUUGGAAGUUGAGAAUCAAAGUCUCAGACAGUCUCAGACUGAACUGCUCUCUAAGCACACUUCAACCACCGAGACCAUUAACAAGCUAAAGGUCUCUGAGCAAGAACUACUCAUUAUAAAGCGAGACAUGGAGACGCAAAAGAACGAAAAGAGCACGUUGGAAAAGAAUGCCAUCAGGCUGCAGAGUUGCAUCAGUGAACUGCAGACAAAGGUGAACGAGUUGCAGGCAGAACUGGAAAAGGAGAAGAGGAGUAAUCAGGAUGAGCUCACAAGGAGGAAAAAGAUCAAAACCGAGCUGGAGAGGGUCAAUCAGAUGUGCUGUGAAUACACCACUACCAUCAACACUCUAAGGGUCCAUCAAGAUCAGGAAAGUGCCUCUGGACGCAGGUAUGAGCAGGAGCUUCGCAAUUCGAAAGAUGCGUUGGAGAGAAGCCAGAAGGAGUAUAAAAUCACAGUAGAGAAUCUGAACAGAGUCAAUGCCGAAUUGAAAGCUUUGCAACAGCAGCUACUGCGGGAACAAGCCCUUGUCCGUGAGGCCAAUCAACGCAACGAUUCCCUCUACAAGACCAUAGAAGAAAAGAGUCGAGUGCUAAAUGAGAGCACCAGCGAGAUCGAGAAGUUGCAGAGCCUCACCCAGAAUCUCACCAAAGAGCGUCUGCGGCUGGAGGAGGAACUGAGGACUGUGCGACUAGAGCGAGAUGACAUGAAAAGAAGCCUGAGCACCAUCGAGAGUGAAAGCGCUUCCCGAUUGUCUGCCAUUCAAUUCCAGUUACAAACCAGCAAUAACAGAGCACUGGAACUGCAGGAACUAAUCAAUGAACUGACUAAAGAGAGAGAAAAUUUAAGGGUGGAAAUUGCCCAAAUCCAAAAGCAGUUCUCGGAGACAUCCAUGAUGAUCCAGCGAUCUGAUGCCAACUACAAAGAAAUUGUGCAAGAAAGAGAUAGUCUUCUAGUCAAACUGAAGCUGUCGCAACAAGACAAAGACAAGCAGCAGCGCUCCGAAGAAGAGCUCCGGCGCAUCAAACUCUCCUUGGAAUCUGAGAUCAAACAGAAGCAACGUCUCCAGGAUGAAAUUGAUAAAAUUACCAAGGAUUUCAAGUACUGGAAAAGCCAAUACGAGUUAAAGGAAGGGCAGAUCAGACAGAGUGAGUCAGAUCGAGACAAAGUACAGAGAGACAAGGCCUCCUUGCAGAGUGAGAUCCAAAGAUUGACUGCUGAGCUGAGGAGUCUGGAAGAACGCUUCAAGAAUCGUCUUCAGAGCUCGGACAAGGAGAUCUCAGAGCUCAUAAUGAAGAAGGAGGCUUUGGAAAGGGAAUUGAAGUUAUUGCAACAGCGUCCGGUUGCAUGUUGUCGGUGUACACAAACCAGUCAGUCUGUCUCUGAUAGUAGCAGUCAGAAACUGACAGUGAAAGGUCUCCGUGGUGAGGUCUCACUCACAGAGCUUGUAGACUCCAACUUGCUUGAUCAGACUGAUUUGGAUAAAGUAAACCGAGGACAACUAACAGGCAAAGAAAUUGAAGACAGACUCAGAUCGUACCUAGGCGGCUCUGAUUGCAUUGCUGGUAUCUACGAUGAGGCCAAUGAUAGGGUCUUGCCCUUUUACCAGGCCAUGAAAGAUGGUCUACUUCGGCGAGGAACCACCCUGGAGCUCCUGGAAGCCCAGGCUGCCGCCGGUUUCAUAAUCGAUCCAGUCAGCAAUGUCUGCAUGACAGUGGACGAAGCAUGGAGAAGAGCUCUUGUGGGAAAGGAGUUUAAAGACAAGCUUCUGUCUGCUGAAAAGGCUGUGACAGGAUACAAGGAUCCUGCAACAGGAAAGAUCAUCUCACUCUUUCAAGCAAUUGAGAAGGAGAUCAUAGAGAAGGGUCAUGGGAUUAGACUGCUGGAAGCUCAGAUAGCCAGUGGUGGCAUCAUUGAUCCUAAAGGGAGUCAUCGGAUUGAUGUGGAAGUGGCUUACAGGAAAGGUUACUUCGACCGCGAAAUGAACGAGAUUUUGACAUACGAGGGCGAUGACACCAAAGGUUUCUUUGAUCCCAACACCCAUGAGAACCUCACAUAUCUGCAGUUGAAAGAGAGGUGCAUCAAAGACCCCGAGACUGGGCUUAUCCUGUUGCCUUUGAAGGACAAGAAGAAGCCAAAGCAAACGACGUCUCAAAAGAACACACUGCGCAAGAGGAGAGUGGUGAUUGUAGACCCUGACACCGGCAAAGAGAUGACCGUACGAGAAGCGUACCAUCGUGAGUUAAUCGACUAUGACACUUUCCUGGAGCUUUCGGAACAAGAGUGCGAGUGGGAGGAGAUCACUAUCGAAGCAUCUGAUGGCAGCAAGCGUUUGCUUAUUGUCGAUCGCAAAACCGGAACCCAGUAUGACAUUCAAGAGUCCCUAGAUAGGGGAGUUAUUGAUAGACAAACUCUGGACAAGUACCGUGCCGGGACUCUGACACUCCACGAGUUCGCAGGUCUGAUCACAAGUAAAAGCAGCGGUUCUGAGCUUUCCAUCUGCUCCAGCAGUCCUGAGGAUGUUGCUACUUGCAGCAGCCCAACACAGAUUGCGCCAUCAUCUCCAACCAUCCGCAAACGUUUUGCUAGCGUAUCCAUUACGCUCUCCCCUCCAUCUGAUAUUUUUGAUGACCAGAGCCCCGUGGGAGCCAUUUUUGAUACAGAAACCCUUGAGAAGAUAACCAUCCCCGAGGCACAGCGACGUGGAAUAGUGGACAACAUCACUGCUCAGCGGCUCUUGGAAGCCCAGGUUUGCACUGGAGGGAUUGUCAAUCCUGCUACUGGCCAGAGACUCUCCCUGAAGGAUGCUGUACAGCAAAGCCUUAUCGAUGAAGACAUGUCCGUCAAGCUAAAACCAGCACAGAAGGCUUAUGCUGGUUUUGAGGAUGUGAAGACCAAGAGGAAACUUUCUGCCGCAGAGGCCAUUAAGGAGAAAUGGUUGCCUUACGAGGCAGGGCAGAGGUUUUUGGAGUUCCAGUACCUGACUGGUGGAAUCGUAGAGCCAGAAACUGGCCGCCGGGUGAGCAUUGAGGAGGCCAUCCGAAGAGGAUGGCUUGAUGGCAAAGGGGCACAGAAGCUGCAGGACACGAGGAACUACAUUAAGAACCUGACCUGUCCUAAAACCAAACUUAAAAUCUCAUACAAAGAGGCCAUGGAUAACUGCAUGGUGGAGGAGAACAAUGGCAUGAAGAUGCUCCAGGCUACUUCGAUGUCUACCAAAGGCAUAAGCAGCCCCUACAACGUGUCCUCGGGAACAAACUCUCGUACAGGAUCCAGAGCAGGGUCUCGUACCGGCUCAAGAAGUGGAUCACGCAGAGGCAGUGUUGACUACACCUCUUCGAUUACUUACAGCUACAUGUCAUCUUAAUUAUAGUGUAAUUCCUAUGCUUAGAAUGUACAAUUUACGUUUAAGAAUGAUUUUCUAUUCAUGAGGAUAUAAGUAUGGUUUUGGGAUACAGAAUGUAGAUUAACUUCUUUUACUAGCGCUGAUCAAUUGGCUUGGGUGUUUAAGAUGUUUUUAGAUUUGUAUGUUUUGCUAAUGCAUUGGAUUUUUGAUUAUUUACUCAUGGGGAAUCUUAGAUUUAUCAUGACAUUUAACAAUGUUUUCAUUAUUCCUUAUUUGUUUAUUCGCUAGCCUAUAUGUUUUCUAAUAUUUUCCUUUCCAUGUUUCAUUUUACAUUUAUUCAUUUAGCAGACACUUCUGUGUAAAACAACUUACAAAUGAGAAAUGUAACAAGCAAUUCAUCACCAGCAUUAUACAUAGUUCAGAAAACUAUAUCAGGAAACAAGUACUUAUUUGAAACAUCUACUGACUUAGUAUGAACAUGAAUCUACUAAUUUCAAAGUGGAAAUCUGAUAUUUUUUGAGAUUUGCUUUUAAUAAUCUGUGUUUAUAUGGAGCAAUUUCAACAAUAAAAACUAUCAAAUUAUAAA